AUGAGCUGGAUCUAUCAGCGGAUGUCAUUCUCAGCACUGAUUCUCAUCCUGCAGCACGGCAAAACUGCAAGCCCUUCUCGACCUGCGAGUAACGCCAUCGUGGAACGGUGGAUGUUCAGAGUACGAGCACUCAGUGUGUAUUCCAAGCCUGUCAUGGCUCUUUUUCAGCUGCCCAGCGAUGAUGACGCUAUAAAUUGCGACGACUUUGACUUUGACGUAGGACUGAGCACACUGGCAUGGCAUCCACUAUGGGGAACAACCGCCAACCCAACUCAAUUUGGGAAGUAUGUCGCGACAUGA